UUGUACCGAAUGGAAUUAUCACGACCACAUACUACUGUUAGAUAUUCCUCAUUUGGAUGGACUCUUGAAGGAUAUUAUAGGCUUUUCACCUUUCUUUAAUAUUACCAGUAUCUGAAAUAUUUUCCAUUAUCUGUCUUUGGAUCUUACAGGCAGAUAGUGCUUCAUUUUCCAUACCAUUUGCACGAAACACGUUUUCUCUUUAGGCUACUGAGUAUAUUGACCCAGCUGCAACAUGUCGCAAAGCUGUCUGCAGUUCAGCGGAUUUACUGUGAGCUGUAUAGGCUGGGUCGGAAUAAUUAUCGCGACUGCUACCAACGACUGGGUUGUGACCUGUAAAUAUGGCAUGAACACCUGCAAGAAGAUGGACGAACUGGGCGCCAAAGGUUUAUGGGCCGAUUGCGUAAUUUCUACGGCGCUGUAUCAUUGCAGUGCUUUAAAUGAGAUCCUCGCCUUACCUGCGUACAUCCAGACAUCUCGUGCACUGAUGAUCACAGCUUCCAUCCUCGGGCUGCCCGCCAUGGCGCUCGUGUUGAUGGCAAUGCCCUGCAUUAACCUGGGAAAUGACCACGAGAGCGCUAAACACAAGCGUUCGGUUCUGGGAGGGGUAUUGAUUCUCCUAAUGGCUCUGUGUGGGAUUGUGUCGACCGUGUGGUUCCCCAUUGGCGUGCACCACGAUCACAGCCUCAUGUCCUUCGGCUUCUCCCUGUACGCCGGCUGGGUGGGCUCCGCUUUCUGUCUGCUGGGGGGCUCUGUCAUAAGCUGCUGCUCCAGUGACCGCCCGGCCCAGUAUGCAGAGAACCGCUUCUACUACUCUAAACAGGGUGGGGCCAACCUCGCCCCAGCCUCCUCCUCCACCAACCACGCCAAGAGCGCACACGUCUGAACCGGGUGGACAGGUCGGGUCGAGCCACCCUAAGCGCUCCCUCCAAUCCAAAUGGAAAAUUAACUCCAUGGGUCAGGAGCCUGUGGUAUUAUGGAGCGGCUUUGUACAUUUGAGUGAUACGGACAGUGAAGUGAAAUACAAACACUACCCCCCCCCCCCCCCCCACCACCUCCACCCUUUUCAGGAAGAUCAGUUUAAUUACAUCAGACUUAUGGUAAAAGGUUCUUGCAUUGGCAUUCACCCCAAACAGAUCUCACGGGGCUACUCACACCAGUGUGAGAAACACCAGAACUGGUAUUUACAUGGGAUCUCCAAGGGAACUUACCAAAAACUUCUCUUGACUAUUGCAUUUUGAUACAAAUUUAUAUUUUUUCAUAUUGCAAAUGUUAACUUUCCAUUGGGAAUAUUUCUUUUUUUCAGGAAUGUACACUCAGUGAGCAAUUUAUUAGGUAAACCUGUACUCCAGCUUGUUAAUGCAAAUAUUUAAUCAGCCAAUCAUGUGGCAGCAACUAAAUGCAUAAAAUCAUGCAUACGUGGUCAAGAGGUUCAGCUGUUGCUCAGACCAAAUGUCAAACUAGGGAAUAAAUGUGAUCUAAGUGACUUUGACCAUGGAAUGAUUGUUGGUGCCAUACAGGGUGGUUUGAGUAUCUCAUAAACUGCUGAUCUCCUGUGGUUUUCACGCACAACAGUCUCUAGAGUUUGCAGAGAAUGGUGUGAAAAACAAAAAACAUUCAGUGAGCAGCAGUUCUGUAGGAAAAAAACAUAUUGUUAAUGAGAGAGGUCUGAGGACAAUGGCCAGACUGGUUGAAGCUGACAGGAAGCUGACAGUAAUGGGAAUAACCACGCAGUGGAUAGAAACAGCCAUAGCUGAAAAAUAAGUCUAAUAUACCUAAUAAAGUGCUCACUGAGUGUAUCAUUGUAUGUUCAAACCAGUUAUUGUGAGUACAAAUGAUCAAAUUAUAUAGCUACAAUUGGAAUGAUAAAUGUAGGACCUGCCCACUGUGAAGGACUUUGCUUAUAUUUUGGCCUCCUGUGGAAAAAUGUGUGGAAAAUUACCUUAGACUGCACUGACUGAUCUAUGACUGACACAUUGCUUGAGUGGGUGUGGUGCCACUGCUUUGCACAGGAGAUAAUCUAUUGGAGCACCUCACUUACAAAUUACUUCUCCUCUUCAAAAUCAGAAUUUGACAUUCAAGAAGGGUGGUCUUCUUUAUUUAUUGCAAUAUGUUUAGUCCAGUUAUGCUCAGUGUGUUGUUUCUUUUAUUAAAAAUAUUUUUCUUC